CGAGUGUUGCCACAUUGGGCUCUGGUGUGCUGUUCAGUGCCGACUCAUCGUCACCAGAAUAUUUUUCAAAAGGAAGGGAAAAAUCGUCCUUUUUUGGCUCCCCCACACUUUGUACUAUAUAAAUAUAUUUUAGUAAUAAUUAGUACAUAGAGGGACAAAGGAUUUUGCUCGUAAAGGUUGACAUCGAGACAGCGUAAAGAUGAUUAUCACGUUGAAAAAUCUCCAGCAACAAACUUUCACUGUUGAAAUUGAUCCAUCAAAAACGGUGAAGGAGCUCAAAGACAAAAUUGAAGCACAAAAGGAAUGGCCGGCACAGCAUCAGAAAUUGAUAUAUGCGGGGAAAAUAUUGACGGACGACCAUCCACUUACUGAGUAUAAUAUCGAUGAGAAGAAGUUCAUUGUAGUCAUGGUUACAAAGCCGAAAAUUGCUGGUGCCACUGGGACCAGCGAAAGUCAGCCGGAGGAGAGUAAAGAUCAGUCGACAACUAGUGCAUCCUCUGCUGCCCCGUCAAAUCCUCCUGCAGUUCAGGCAGCAGCUCGGACAACCCCUGUGACGAUCCCUGAGAUUCCCCCAGCAGCUGAUGCUAGAACUCAAUCAGAGAGUGCUCUCCUUAUGGGCGAGGAGUACAACACAAUGGUGAAUAAUAUAAUGGAUAUGGGCUACGAGCGUGAUCAGGUGGAGCAAGCCCUUCGUGCUAGUUUCAAUAAUCCUGAUAGAGCUGUGGAGUACCUGUUGACUGGAAUUCCAGCACAACUCUUCGAGGAUCCCCCCGAGGUCGACAAUCCCGAGGGACAGGAUAAUUUGGUUGAUCCACAGGGGGGACAGGAUCCACUGGCAUUUUUAAGGACGCAGCCCCAAUUUCAACAGAUGCGUCAAGUUAUCCAACAAAAUCCACAGCUACUCAAUGCUGUUCUUCAACAGAUCGGACAAUCAAACCCAGCGCUACUUCAGCUCAUUUCUCAGAAUCAGGAGGCUUUUGUUCGUAUGCUCAAUGAACCUGUAGGUGCAGCCGCUGGUAAUCCAACCCAAGGUGCACCAGCAUCAUCUCCAGCUGGUGGAGCUGCUCGUGGUGGAGUAACAGGUGGAGGUGGUGCGGGUGCUGGUGUUAUUCCUGUGUCCCCUCAAGACAGAGAAGCGAUUGAGAGGCUCAAGGCACUAGGCUUUCCCGAGCAUCUCGCACUCCAGGCGUAUUUUGCCUGUGAAAAGAAUGAAAAUCUUGCUGCUAAUUUUUUAUUAUCUCAGAAUCUUGACGACUGAAGACCAUUGGGGAGUUUUUUUGUUGCAUGUGGUUAAGUUCAAUACCUCCAGAGCUUACGAGACUGUUAAAGAGAAAAGAACGAAGUAAUAUGCAUCGUUCCAAGGCCAACAGGAACUGUUAUUCCCAUUGGAAAAUAUGAAAUGAUUAGCGUGAAGAGAAUGAGCAUUUGUAUAAUUGAAUUACCCUCCCUCUUUUUGCCUAUUAAUUAACCUUCAUUUUCUUUAUCGAAAUUUCAUUUUUCAACAAUUUUUGGCUUCGCAUUACCUCUUAAUUAGUGCAGACAGCUCCGGAUAUAAAUAAAAUACUUAAUGAAAUUCCUAUAUUUUCUUGCUAUUUUCUAUAGAUGAAAUACUCCAUGAGAACGAAUGAAAUUGGAGUAGAUCGUCUAAUUAAUUGUUCGCACUUAGUUUCAAAACAUGUUUUUUUUUUUUAACAAACGAGAGAAAUGUGGAAUGAGAGAGGAAUUUAA